AUGUCUGUCUCUACGGACGAGCUCCGAAGCCAAUGGUCUAACCCGGGUGACAUCCUCAGCCUUCUCCUCCUUAUCGGUAGCGAUAUUGUGCAAAAAGCCAUCGCUCAACUCGUCGGGCACAGGAUUCACCUUUAUGGAGAUAAAAGAAGUCAAGGUCUUCCAAUCGCACCCGUUGCUUUUUCUUUCGGGUGGGUAGCUUACGGGUUCUCUAACCUCCUUUCAGCUAUCGGGGAUAGGAAGCUGAUGCCGACGAGCGAUUGUCCCUCUCUUCUCAUAAACUGCUCCAACGGAUUUGUGAGGGAGAACCAGUCUUGGGUAUUAGGCCGUCUUCUUCGGGAUCACGAGAUUAAAUAUGCCGUCGACCCACGGCCGAAGGAUGAAGGUGGCCGAGCUGAGUCUAUUCGAAUCGAUGUCUUUGACCUGCCCCCCGCCUCGCGCCCUACUUGCGACUUCGUGUGGUGGCUUGGAUGGGUAGUAUUACUUGCGCAGGUUGGCAUUGCUAUUAUACCCUGGGUCUUAUAUGAUGACUGGGGAAUUUUCGUAAUUACUCUAUGUGGGAAUUUGUUUGUUGCUGCUACCUGUGCUCUACCGCAGUGGACGCAAGAGAAAUGGGCUGGCCGCAAGUUGAAGCGCGACAAGGUAACAUGCCUGACACGUGGUAACGGGCACUUUCAUAUUAUGGUAUUCAUCGGCACUCGAGACUCCUGGGAUCUGGAAUCUCUUGCAAGCAGCAUAUCUGUUCCGCGGCCAGAGACUCGCUGGCUUUCCCUGCUUCUCGCUAUAUUGUGGACUUGCCUGCUUAUUAGCAUAUCGGGACUCAAAGAACACACCUGGUUUCUUGUCGGCAUUGGAGGUAUCGGUAUGCUACAAAAUAUAUUCGCAGCCGGAACACCUCGAGAUCCAGGAGCUUCUAAUUUACAUAUUACCCAAUUCUCUCGUGUGUCGACGAUCGUAGGGAGACGCGAGGACUACGAAGACGACACGGAUUGUAAAGUUAAUCUAGAAGAGGCCCUUGAGGAACUUGUCGACAUUGAUUCAUGGGCAUCAGGAAAGCCGCCACCAGUACCACAACGUGAUAAUUCUCCUCCAAACGAAGCCGCUUCAAUACCACGAUGGCUAGUUACGAUGUCUAAGUCUGAUGGUGUUCCUACUUGGUUGGAGCCCCUAAAGCCAGUCUCUUUGACCAACCAGACUCCACCCACGUGCCGUUUGAUAUCAAGAAUAUGGCAACGGCCAGUUACCGAUAAUGGCAAGCCGGACGAGGUCGUAUACGCUAUCGGGGUUCACGGUGCGCUGAUCGAGCUUGAGAAAUGGGUGCCGACAGCCGGGCUUGCGAUGACCCAGAUAUUCUUCCCGGCAGGUCUCCAGUACAACGAUGCGGCCAUACGGGAUAAAAAACAUAAAAAAUUCUGGCAGAGAGCAUAUCACACUAAACAAGUCAGAGAACGAGCAGAAGUAAAAAGGAGGGCCGAAGAGGUGACCCCGGCUCCGAUGGGAGUCUAA